AUGAAGGAUGAUGGCUAUAUGGCCAUUAUCUGCGCAAUUUUGUUUGGCAGUGACGACGAAAACAAAGCCCUGCGGACCCAACUGCUUGAUCAUCUCCAAGAAGUAUAUCCUCAGAUGGCUGUGAGACACGAGCAGCUGCUCUCCCAGUGUCUCCGACUGGUGUUCUAUCAACUAAAAGUGGUUGCACAUCUUCCCGCAACGCAAACCAUGGUACUCUACAUCUUCAAUGAAGAAACUUGUAAGCAGUACACCGCCAACAGUGAGGAAACCUAUACAUUCGAUAUCGGGUGCCAUACAAACUUCAAGCUGAAAUUUUCAAUUGCUCGGUUCAAUGGCGAUAAACGUAAAGCAAUGGUACGAUCCGGAUCUUUUCUGAAGCGCAUAAUGUCACUGGACCGGAAAGAAGACGAAAGCGUCUCCCUUUCACAACUGCCAAUCAAUAGUUCCGUCAAAAAAUCGAUAUUCUACAAAGGCCAUCAAUACAUUGUCGAUCUCAAAAUGAUUAAAAAUACUGUUCAUGAUGACAUGCCUCACCUUGAUUUUGAAGAUUUAUUGGACAUGACAAGGACCUUGUACGAGUACGACGCCGGAGGCACGGUAAGCAGAUUCAUAGUCAUCAUCCUCUUCCAUAUCUAA